AUGACAGCGAACCGAACGUUUGAUACUGGAGAUCUGAAGAAGAAAGCAAGAGAGAAAGGAACAGGGAAACGGGUCGUCUCUUUGCUUCCUCGUCGCUCCCUCUGCCAGACUGCCACCACGCGAGGCGAGCAAGGGCGAUCCGUUCGUGCUUUCUUCCCCGAGUUAGAUCUCAUCCUUGAUCGAGCCGAGAGCCCUUUGGGUGCAAUUCGAGGCGAAGUAAGGGAAGGGGGAGAUGUUCAAGUUGCAUCGUCACAGGUCCGACCGACUCGAGGAGAAGGUCCAGUUCAAGUUCUCCAGUCUGCAGGCUAUCAAGGUACCUAGAGGAUGGGACCGACUCAUGCUCUCCAUAAUCCUAAUGGAGUCUGGGAAAGUCCUCGCUAAAACUGGCAAAGCUACAGUAAGAAGUGGGAAUUGCCAAUGGACCGAAGCAGAGACUCUGUGGGUGUCUCAAGAUGAUGCAUCCCAAGAUCUUGAAAAAUGCCAAUUUAGGAUUGUCGUUUCGCUGGCUUCUUCUCGACCAGCUGUUCUUGGUGAGGUCAUCUUAAGAGUAGCAGAUUUUUUGGGUAAAGAAGAUUCUGGUCUUCUCUUCCUUCCUUUAAAGAAGUGUGAUGCUGGAACUACUUUACAGGUUAAGAUUCAUUGUCCUACCCCAAAAUCAAAAUUCAGAAUCACACAAUCUUGGCAAGAAACCAAUCUUCAUUCUAAACAUCAAGAUAAUAUUGAUUUGCUGGAUAGCAAGCCAGAUGGAUCUGACCAUAGAUUCAAUAGUAGUGUUAGAGAUCCAAGUAACCAAUUGAGCAAUACUUAUCCCGAGGAACCAGAGGAUAUGGAUACCUACUACUCAGCAUCCGGAUCACAUCGUAGUACUGAUUCAGGGGAUAGCUUUGGAAGGACAGAUUCUUCCCCCCAAAACAACAUAAGUGGGGGAAAAUAUUCCAGAAGGCAAGAUUCAACAGGUUCCCAGACUAGUGCAACUAAUAGCACAAGUCCUAUGCAAGAACUUAUAAGAUCAAACCCUUCUUCCUUCAACUCUAGAUCCUCAGGUUCCUCAGUACACCAUAACAUGUCCUCAUGGGCAUCGAAUGAUAAAUUUACAGCAUCAUCACUAAAGCCAUCUGUUUCUUCAAAAGAACUUGUUGAGGCUGCUGAAGAGAUCGAGGAACUCAAUGACGAAGUUAAGAUGUGGGAGAGACAUUCUAGGCAGUUGAAGCUUGAUCUUGAGAAUUUAAAGAAGGAACUAUCUGAGAAAUCUAAGCAUCAAGCAAACCUGGAUAGGCAACUUUCAGCUGCAUACAGUGAAUGUGAUUCUUUGCGGUUAGAAGUUGAACAACUGAAAGCUGCACUGCAGAAGUCGACAUCGAAAGAUUCAGAUAUUAGAGUUGUGAAAAGCGAAGAUAUGCUUCAUCAUGCACAGAAGGAGCUGGAGGAUGAGCUAAAGUUUCAGAAAGACACCAAUUCUAAUUUAACUCAUCAGUUGAGGAAAACACAAGAAUCAAACAUUGAGCUUGUUUCUGUCCUUCAAGAAUUAGAAGAAAUUAUAGAGAAACAGAGGCUGGAGAUAGCUGGCCUUUCUCAACAGAACCACAUUGAUGAAGAUGAACAAGACGAGAAUAGAAAAUCUAUCCACAAUCAGAUUGCAUGGGAGAGAGAAUUAGCACAGAAAGAAGGAGAAAUUCUUGUCCUGGAGGAGAAGUUAUCCAACAUUGUGAAGAAUAGGGAGCAGAAUGGAAACUAUUCUGAUCAAAUACGAGAAAUUGAGGUCCUUAAAGCUAAAGUAAAUGAUCUAGAGAAGGAUUGUGCUGAGCUUACUGAUGAAAACCUAGAUCUUAUAUUCAAGUUGAAGGAAUUGAGCAAGGAGACUGCAAAUGAGCCUCAAAAUAUAGAAAAGAAAAUUAGAGUCGAUGGUAUUAAUGAAGAUGGUCUUCUGUCUCUAUUGUUGCUGAAGGAACAAGAGAUAGCUAGACUCCAACAAUCUAACAGCGAGCUAGAAGAUCUUAUUUCCAUAGUCCAGGAUGAGAAAUCUCGAAUGGAGGAAGAUUUGACUUCCUUACGGAAAGAAUGUAUGGAUACUACAAAACACUUGCAAGAUGUGGAGCAUGAUUUGCCAGUGCUGACAAGUAGCAUAGAAUUGCAUUCUUCUGCUAGUAAGUCUUUUGAAAGAAGUUCAAUGGAACUUGAAAGAAACAAAAAUGAGUUAGAGUUGCACGUAACUCAGCUAAAAGAAGAAAAUGUUGAGCUGUCAGAACUUGUAUCUGCUUUAGAAUCCCAACUAAGAUACAUAAAAAAUGAGAAAGAAUCCAUCCGGAUGGACCUAGAAGGUACAAGCUCACUUGCUGAUUUGAAGAAUGAAGUUGAACAUCAAAAGGUAGAAAUGGACUUGCAGAAAGCAGAACUAAAACAAAAGCUACAAGAGACUGAAAACCGCUUAUUGGAAGUGUUAGAGGAGUCUGAUCUAUUGAGUAGAUCAAAUACAAAACUGCAGGUUACAAUUGAAAGUCUUACUGAAGAGUGCAGUACUCUUCACAAACUAACUGAAGAGUUAAAGAGGCAGGAGAUAGAGUUGCAUCGACAGGUUACACUUCUCAAAAUUGAAUUGGAUGAAAAAAGAAAUGAUUUCUAUAAGCAAGUUGAACUACUAGAACUGAAGAUUGCUUCGAUUCAAGAAGACACUAGAACAAAGGAGAAAUCACUGCUGUCCCAACUCAAGCAAAUUGUUGAAGAUCACAAAGAACAUGGAGAAAGAAUAGGGGAAACAUACAUUUUGCUAAAUAAGAUUGAACUAGAGAAAACAAUUGAAGUAGAAAAUCUUGAGAAUGAGAUAGCUAACCUGACUGCACAGAAGUCCUCAAACCAUGGUGACCUAGAAAAAAUAGCAUCAGAUGCAGUGCAAGAGGUGUCUGUCUUACGUUCAGAUAAAGCUAAACUUGAAUGGAAUCUUCUGGAAGCCAAUUCAAAAAUAAAACUGUACGAGACUGACUUGCUGAAUCUGCAUCAAGAGUCUGAGGAUAAGAUAGCAGGAUUAGUUGUUUUACUUAAUGCUUCAAAGCAGAGUGAGGAAAUGCUAAUGGGUGAUAUAGAGCGUAUUCACCAAGCAAUUGACAGUGUCAAGUAUAGUGAAGAGAAACAUAGGCAUAUGGAGAAUAAUGGAGAAUUGAUUGAUAAAGCUUCUCAAGUAGUUGAAGGGAUUCCCAUGUCAGAAGUUCAAAUUAAUAAAUUAGUUCAUAUUCAGAAUUCUGUCUUAGACCUUAAAAACACUUUUGAUGAUGCAAACUUGGAAAACCAAAGGUUGGAAGGUUUGUUGAAGUCAUUGUCGAAAGAAUAUGAAGAACUGAAGAGUGAGAAAGAGUCCUUGACAGAGAGAGUGACCAACAUGCAGGAGGCUAUAUCUCACAGUGAAGAGGAUAGGCACAACAGGGUUGUGUUGCAAGAAAAAGUUUUGUUAUUAGAAAAUGAGCUGUCGCUAAAAGUAGCAUCAUGCGCUCAGGAGCCAGAGUUGAAGAAGGAACUUGAUCUGAUGAAGCAGACAAAUAGUGAAUAUGAAAUAAAGAUUCAAAGUCUUGAGCAGGGAAAUCAUUAUUUGAUGAAUAAAAUGGAGACAGCGGAGAAGGAACUUGUGCUGCAAAGAACAUCAAACAAGGAGGAGAAAGAAGUUAAUCAUGAUCCAGAGAUUUUAAUUGAAGCUGAAACUGAGGAUGUGGAUGCAUAUAGAAUGGAUCAAGUGCAACUUAAAAGAGUCGUCUCGGAGAAGCAAGCAGGCCAAUCCAACGUUCUUGACAAGAAAGUAAAUGACAACUGUGAUAGAAUUUCAGCUUUAGAGACGGAGCUAAAAGAGAUGAGAGAACGGUACCUUCACAUCAGUCUCCAAUAUGCCCAAGUGGAAGCUCAGCGCGAAGAACUAGUAAUGCAGCUUAAAUCUGUGAAAAGGGAGAAGAGGUGGUUCUCAUGAAACUGGUUCAAAUUCUUUUUCCUGUAAUUCAUAUAUAUAUAUUCUUCUUCUUCUUUUUGUUAUCAUUCAUUGCCGCAGAAAAAUAAUGAUCACUUUAUUAAAUUAUCAUGAGAAUGUAAGCAGUAUCUUGAAUCAAAAUUAAUAAUCUUUAUGGUCACCGAAAAUUUAUACAUGAA